AUGGCUCCCGGCCUGAGCAGAGACGUCAUGCACUACUGCCUCCCGGCCUCCCCGGUCUCCGCCGCCGCCUCUCUCUCCGCUGCAUUCUCCGGCGACGGCGGCGGCGAGGACCGCAUCAGCGCCCUCCCCGACGGCCUCCUACGCAACGUCGUCUCCCGCCUCCCCGUCAAGGACGGCGCCCGCACCGACGCGCUCUCCCGGCGCUGGCGCGGCCUCUGGCGCGCCACCCCGCUCGUCCUCGACGACGCCCACCUCCUCACGGACGGGCCCGGCGCCGACUGGCGCGCCCCCGCCGCCGCGGUGGUGUCCCGCGUCCUCGCCUCCCACCCGGGCCCCUUCCGCUGGGCACACCUCCUCAGCAACUUCAUCGACGAAACCAACCAGGACGCGCUCGCCGGGUGGCUCCGCCUCCUCGCCGACAAGGGCGUGGAGAACCUCAUCCUUGUCAACCGUCCCUGGUUCGACAAGGUGCCCGUACAGCUCCCGCAGUCCCUCCUCUGCUGCGGCGCAUCACUCCGCCGCCUUUACCUCGGUGUCUGGCUCUUCCCCUUCACCAGCAACGGCCCCCCACGCAGCCCUGACGUCUUCCCUCACCUCCGGGAGCUCGGCAUCUGCCAAGGCAUCAUGCAGGAUCACGACCUGGAUUACAUGCUCGCUUGCAGCCCCAAGCUUGAGAUCUUCGCGCUCAUCUCCAAUUACUGCUUGCCCGAUCGCGUCCGCAUCGGCAGCCACACUCUCCGGUGCGUGCUGCUCUGGCAUUCCUUGGUGGACGAGGUCGCCAUCAUUGCCGCUCCGCAGAUGCAGCGGCUCAUCCUUUACUGCACGCACGCCCCUGAGCCUGGAAUGACCAUCAAGGUCAAGAUAGGCUAUGCUCCUCAGCUCACAGUACUCGGUUACUUGGACACGGCCAAACAUGUGCUUGAGAUUGGCAACACCAUCAUCAAGGCUAGGGUGACAAAAGUUAGCCCAAAUACAGAGGUUCCAAGCAUCAAAGUGUUAGCUGUGAAGGUGCGUUUCAGAGUCCCCGGGGAAGUGAGAACAUUGCUGAGUUUCUUGAGAUGCUUCCCUGAAGUAGAGACCUUACACAUUAUGGCUUCUGAUAAUGACACUGACUACUACGACGACCCUGGUGAAGUCAAGGCCAGGGACAAGCUCAAUUCCACCUUCUGGGAAAGGGUCGGUCCGAUCAAAUGUGUGCAGUCACGUGUCAAGAAGUUGGUGUUUGAUCAGUUUAGUGGGGGUCCAAACCAGGUUGAGUUCCUGAAGCUGGUUCUUGCGAGAGCGGUGUUGCUGCAGAACGUGAUAGUUUUGCUGGCCGGUCCAGAAUCUAUGAUGAUGAAUGAGGUCACGGGCAAACUGCAGCCGUUGGCUUCCAAGAGAAUGUGGGCCAAUAAGUCCUUGCGCAAACAUUCCUUGGAGGUCCGUGGGCGUGCAGCGGGUCAUAUUUGGAGUUACAGCGACGCGUCUGAUCUUUCUAUUAGCGACCCAUUUAUUUCUUAAGGGACUAAUAGAGCCUAUUUCCUUGUUAAGGCAGUGAUGGAGCAUUCAUUAGCUCUAGAGUUUUAUCGUUUGAAUGUCUCACUUCUUUGUGAAGGGAACUGAUGCAGCGUUAGUUAGCAACUUUUUUUGGGGUGUUGGAGAUUUUGGGUUUAACAACAGAAUAUUGUGCAAAAGACUUCUGAUGACUUCAGUGUGUAGUUACCUGCUUUUCUGUGGUUUUGAUUUGCUCGUGGUGUUAUCUGAAUGAUUACUAUUAUUUCUGUAUUAGAUGUUAUAUUCAUGGCAUGUACAGAUGUUGGUAUC